UUUUCUGUUGUUCUGAUGAAAGUGAACCCAGUUCUCAGGUGUUUGUCUCAUGUUCGUGUGUCAGACCUGUGCUUGUCUUGUGAUGUUGUAAAGGCACCUGACCGUCCGUCACAUGACGCUUUACUGCAUCAGGCUCUUUUAAAGGAGCAAACUUCACAUUGUGUCACUUCAGUUUCAAAGACAGAGGAACAGAAUCUGAAGCUCAGGAUGUGGCGUGUGUGUUUCCUGUCCGCUCUGCUGUCCGUCACCUGCGGCCGGUCACAUGAUCACAUGAUCAACUUCAUCAACACGGCCAACACCACGUGGACCGCAGGUGUGAACUUCCAGAACGUGAAGGAUGAACAUCUCAAGUCUCUCUGUGGGACGAUACUGAAAGGCCCACGACUGCCUGAUACGGUGAAACAUGUCUCUAACAUGAACCUUCCUGCCAGCUUCGACCCGAGGACGGAGUGGCCUUACUGUAAAACCCUCAGUCAGAUCCGGGAUCAGGGCUCGUGCGGCUCCUGCUGGGCGCUCGGUGCAGUCGAGGCCAUCUCUGAUCGUAUCUGCAUCCACAGCAAAGGGAAAGUGUCUGUGGAGAUCUCCGCUGAAGAUCUGCUGUCCUGCUGCGAGGAGUGUGGCUUCGGAUGUUCUGGAGGUUUUCCGUCAGUAGCUUGGGAUUACUGGACCAAAUCUGGUCUGGUGACCGGAGGACUGUAUGGAUCUAACCAGGGAUGCAGACCGUACACUAUCUCUCCCUGCGAGCAUCACGUGAACGGGACACGGCCGCCGUGCUCCGGAGAACAGGACACACCUCAGUGUAACUCCGUCUGUAUUCCUCAGUACAGCGUCCCGUACAAACAAGACAAACACUUCGGAUAUAAAGCGUAUAACGUUCCCUCGGACCAGCAGCAGAUCAUGACGGAGCUUCAGAGCGGGGGUCCGGUGGAGGCGGCCUUCACCGUGUACGAGGACUUCCUGCUCUACAAGAGCGGUGUUUACCAGCACGUGACGGGCUCUGAACUGGGCGGACAUGCUGUGAAGGUGCUGGGAUGGGGAGAAGAGGACGGGACGCCCUACUGGCUGGUGGCUAACUCCUGGAACUCCGACUGGGGCGACAACGGUUAUUUUAAGAUCGUGAGAGGCCAGGAUGAAUGUGGGUUUGAGAGUGAGAUGGUGGCUGGCGUUCCUCAGCUCUGAACAUCAACACUGAAUCAUUUCAACACAAAUAAAACUCUGUCUGAGUCUCAUUACUGUGGUUGAUACGUUCUAAAAUUAUAGUCAACAAAUCAUUAAAAGCAAAACUCUCAUUGUGGUGAUGUGAAAAAUAAAGAUAUGUCAUUUACAUUU